AAUAUUUAAAUGUUAGAUGUCCUUAACUUUAGAUAAAUUAAGAAGAUGUCGAUUACUAGUGAUCAUAGUGGUUUAUUUAAUGAUGCUGUGAUGUUGAUGUCAGAGGAUUUCUCAGGUUCAUCUAACUUAGGAAUUAGGCUUGUAGAUGGAAGCAUUUUAACUGCCAAAGAAGUACAAUUAUACCAAAAGAUGAUGAAAAUGGUCGAUGAAAAUAAGACGUUAAAACAGGUUUUAACAAGAAACAACGAACGUUUAAAGAAACAUUUUGAAGAUUGUGGCAACUGGAAGAAGAUAUACAAAGAUAAGGAAUCUGCUUUAAGAAAUGAACUUCUGGCAGAAAAAAAAAAUUCUAAGUUGCUGGAAAGCAAAUUGUCCAACUACGAAGCUCUUGCAAAUACUGAUUAUAGUUUUUCUGGUAGCAGUUUGAUUGAAGAAUUGGAAGAGUAUAGUAAAAAGCUACAUGAUUUGGUUUCCCUACCACCAUGUGAAGAGGAAGUUGAAGAAGAAGAGUAUGCUGUGAUGCAGACCAUUGCUCAAGACACAUGGGAGAUUGUAACAGCUUUCACAAAUAGCCCGAAUGUUGAUAGAAAUAAACUACAAAAAUUUCAAUCAGAGUUAAUUGAUGUAGAAAGUUCAUGCAAAAAUACUCCGGCUAGUAUUGGCCAGUCUUUAAAAGCAACAAUAACAGCUAUUCAAGACACUGUACAAAAACACAGCAUUAUUCAGUUUGUUGGUGGCAAACAACAAGUUUCAUGGCCACAAUAUUUGGAUCUUCAAUCAAAAUUUGAAAUCACAGUCCAAGAAAAUCGCCAAUAUCGCCUUCAGUUGGAAGAAAUGACAGACAACCUUUCCACCAGUACGCAAAAAAACGAGAAACUAACAAAUGAUUUAGAAGAAGCAAAAAGCAAGCUGUUUAGUCUGAUGAAAGAGCUCGCAGAAAGUAAUGAAAAACUGAAAAGUAUGCAGUCUGAGAUUUAUUGUUUAAAAGAAGCACAGUCUGUAGAAUUUGUCGUAGAAAACAUUAAGAAAGCUGAACCUGCCGGGGCCAGUACUGAGGUUUUAAACAAAGAAAUCCAGAACUUGAAGAAUGAGAUUACUAGAUUGCAAAAUGAUAGCAAUGAAACAAUGGAAGGUUUCGAUAGAGUUGAAGCUCAAAAUAGUGAGCUUUUGUUGGGAAUACAAAAUUUGAAAAAUGAAAAUGCCCAAAUUAAAAAUGAUUACAAAGAAACAGUGGAAAGGCUUGGCAAGGCUGAAACUCAGAACAGUGCUUUGAUGGAGAAAAUUGAAGAAUUGCAAGCUUUACAAAAAGAGGAAGAAAAGUUUGAAAUUAUAACAGAGGUUUUGCAACAAAGUAAUUCAGAGCUAGACGAAUUGAAAAAAGACCUACAAGCUAAAGAAGAUGAAGUCAAACGACUUGAAGCAGAAGUUAAAAAAUUGACGGAAGAAAAUGAAAAAUCUCAACACAAUUUUGAGAAGGAAAGAAGUGCUUUGAGAUCAGAAAAAAAAGAAUGUCAAAAAAAAGUGGAGCAGCUCAGAAAAAGGGAGACAAAAGAUUCUGAAAAAAUAGAUACACUGAAGAAGGAAAACAAAGACAUGAAAAAUCAUAUUGAAAAUCUACAAAAGCUUAUCAACAAAAAAGCAGAAAAAGAUAAGGAGGUAGCUUCUUUAGAGUUACAAUCAAUGCAAUUUGUUAACAAAAGUGAUGUGGAUAUGUCAAUAUGUGAAAGCAUCACUAUCUCCACAGAUGAUCCUGGAACUUUGGAAUGCAGCACAGAUGACGAAUUCGCCAGCUUGACUUAUGAUGAUAGCGUGAAUACUUAUACUGAAGUUGGUGUGAGUGACAGUAGCGGUGAAGAAAUCAAAGAACUAAAACAAGAGAUACAAGAGUUGCAAAAUCAGCUUGCAUUAAAAGAAAAAAAUAUGCAACAAUUAUUGGAAGAAAACACGGAGAUGGAUCAGCGUGUUAAAAGUAUGACAGAACGUCAGGAGAACGUAGGUUUGGUUGAAGAACAACUAGCUAGGUACACAGAAUUGGAAGAAGAGAACAACCAUUUAAAAAUUGUAAUCGCAAAAUUGGAAGAAGAUUUUAACAAAUUCACAAUACAGAAAGAAGAAGAAAUGAGCCAUAUUAUUUCCGAAUUAAAGCUUAGCAAACACGAGUUAGACACAAAGACUCAUGAAAUAGAUGUACUUGAACGCAAUUUAGAGAAAUCUAAACGAGACUACAAUUGUUUGUGGGAGAACUAUGAAGUAAAGGCAAAUCAACUUAGUGAGUUAGAGAAGAGCACGCCUUAUGUGCAGCAACGAGUUGAUAAGUUGACAGCAGAGAUGCUUGGAGCGAGAGAUUUGAUCGAAGAAAAAAAGUUAGAAGUGGAAAAACUUCAGGCACAACUGGUGGAGCAGGAUCACGCUAUAAGAAAAAUGGCUAUUGAUCUGGAUGCUUUGCCAGCCUUGAGAAUUCAAGUUGAUGUGUAUCGUAACGAUUUCAACGCUGAGCGCGAAGCAAGAGAGAAACAACAAAACGAACUUGUUCAACAAAGAGAACGUGUAAAAGAACUUUCGAUUGAAAACCAUCGUAUGAGAGAACAGCUACAAAUAUAUGGUAACUCACAACUCAGUGGAAUGGCACGUCGACAUGGUACACAGUCGCAAAAAUUCACGCCUCCGCAGCAACCUAUUUACGAAACUGUACAUAAUCCCGGUGUAAGAUCAACGGGUAGCGUAUCUCACUAUCCGCAAGAUUACCAUUAUCAUGGUCGCCGUCCAGGUUCUUCAGGCUCGCAGCAUGGCAGCAACCCAUCCCUGUAUGGUAGGGGUGGCGACAGCAGAGGUAGUAACAGCUCUAUUGAAAGUGCAAGUGCGGAUAAAUCAGACGACACUGAACAAAGAAAAUGUCCGAAAUGCGAUAAACUUUUCCCUGAUUUGGACACUCUUCAAAUUCAUUUAAUGGAUUGUUUGGAUAACUGAGGCGAGAAGUAAUGUUCUCUAGUUGGAACUCCCAUGUAGAUUAAGUUGUACAGGUCACCCUCCCCCGUUUUUAAGUGAUCUCAUUUUAGAAGAUUUAUUCUUCUUGUUUUAAAUUAUUCUUCCUCUUUACUUUGCUUUGUAACAGCGCACAUGAGGUAAAAAGUCUUAUUUAAAUUCCUGAGACCCCUAAAAAAGGUUUUUAACGUUUUUUUUCGAAUUUUUGAUCAUUGGAAAUAUUUGUAGAUUUUUAAUUUUUCUUCAUUGUCCUGAGGUGAACUUUACUUUAGAUGUAUGUACUAAAUAAAUAAAAUCAAAUGUUGUCCCUGCCAUUAUGAAAGACGUCUUUAACGUUUCUUUUCGCACCAAAAGCAAAAGUAUUACACCAUUUUUUUAAUAAGAAACCCAAAAUUCUAAUCAGGCUGAUCAUUAUUUGUGUUUCUAUAUUGUUCUAAAUAAUAGACUUCUUGUUUUUAAUCCUAAAUCCCAGUCUAAUAUUCUUAUACAACAUAUUCUUAUAAAAAGAGGAAAUAUCCCAUCAUCCAUCAUUCGGACAAUAAUUAUUAUGAAAUUUUUUUAGAA